AUGCAGGGAAGGAUCAGUCAGCAGGCUAGUCUAAUAGGGGCUGUCAAAUCCUUACCUAUCGAAGGCGUUCAGGUCGCACACUUCGCAUCGCGAGCAGCAACCCUGCUCGAAAAGAACCUGGAUAAGGUUCGCGAGAUGCUGAAGAAAGAAGCGUCAGACUUAUGCAAAUCUGCUGAAGAUACCCCUCUCCCACCUCUUCGAGCAAUCAACCACCGUACUCCCCUCAAAGACGAGUCCAUCAUUUCCCAACGUCUCAUACUGGAGCACCUUGCUCAUCGAACCUUCCGUACCCAUCAUGAAUGCUCCCAAAGAUCUCUACAAACCUCCCAUCGUAAAGAGUGUUCCUCUGUCUCUUGCAUCCAAAAACCUGUCCAAUCCUCUGCCGUCGCCAAACAUCCCCCCACCUCUAUUCCAAAGACUAGUGGUACCUCCAGCAUCACCAAUAUACACGCCCUGAUGUCGUUGUUCCCAAUGCCAUCGAAAAAGAUUAUAACCAACCAGCAUGCUCUCUUAGUAUCAUAG